AGAAGCGCAGUUCUCACGCUGGAUACGUUGGAAAGCCCUUCCCUUGAAAUCAUCACAGCGAAUAUGUAGCUGAGGAAAAAAAAACCUAUGUAAUCUAUAUACUUUUCAUCAUCGAGUGUGCAUACACAACAAAAGAACAGAAGCCAAAGCUGCGGGUCGGAUCAUUCAAGGGUCAACCUUAGGGCAUCUCAACUCAGAUUCCCACAGCUUUGAUGCAUCACAGUGUCGAGUCAAAUCCAAGAUGACGGAAGAGGUGAUUGUCAUCGCCAAGUUUGAUUAUAUGGCCCAGCAGGACCAAGAGCUGGACAUUAAGAAGAACGAACGUCUCUGGCUUCUAGACGACUCCAAGUCCUGGUGGCGGGUUCGCAACGCAACCAACAAGACGGGCUUUGUGCCAUCCAACUAUGUAGAGAGGAAGAACAGUGCCAGAAAAGCCUCGAUUGUCAAGAACCUCAAAGACACUUUAGGAAUCGGUAAGGUGAAACGGAAAACAGGCAUGCGGGACACGGCCUCCAACGCUGACGCAGACUUCUACCCCGACAACAGCGAACGUCUGUAUGACCUGAACCUUCCCGCGUUAGUCAAAUUCAGCUACACUGCCGAGCGGGAGGAUGAGCUAUCGCUGGUUAAGGGGACGAGGGUCAUCGUCAUGGAAAAGUGCAGCGAUGGCUGGUGGAGGGGGAGCUACAGCGGCCAGUCGGGUUGGUUCCCAUCCAACUACGUGACGGAGGACGCGGACGGAUCGGCGAGCAACGACACGGGUGGGCUGUCCGAGAAGUUAGCCACUGUCGAUUACAGUGUGAAUGGCAAUCGGGUGCUGCACACGGUACAGGCGCUCUACCCGUUCAGCUCGGGCAACGACGAAGAGCUGAACUUUGAGAAGGGAGAGGUGAUGGAUGUUGUGGAGAAGCCGGAGAACGACCCGGAGUGGUGGAAGUGUCGCAAAGCCGACGGCCAGAUGGGACUCGUGCCAAAAAACUACGUCACUGUGCUGCAGGAGUCGCACAACUCGGCCAGCAUGGCCGGGCCGCCCACGCCUGACUGUGACUACAUCGAGCCUUCCUCCAGUGGACGGUUUGCGGGCAAGCAGUGGUACUACGGGAAGGUGACUCGUCAUCAGGCGGAGGUUGCACUCAACCAGAGAGGCACCGAGGGAGACUUUCUCAUCCGGGAUAGCGAGUCGUCUCCCAAUGACUUUUCAAUAUCUCUGAAGGCUCAGUCCAAAAACAAGCAUUUCAAAGUCCAGCUGAAGGACAACCUGUACUGCAUCGGACAGCGCAAGUUCAACACAAUGGAAGAGCUGGUGGAACACUACAAAAAGGCACCCAUCUUCACCAGCGAACAGGGUGACAAACUCUACCUGAUCAAGGCUCUCGCUGCCUCCUGAUCCCAGCCCGGAGACUAAACCAGUUAACAAAGACUUCACAACCAGACGGUCAGAUAGACUGGGAAUAUCAAGCAUUCCAUUAAAGGGAGGUACAGAGAAAGACAGACAGUGGACUCCCAUUUAUUCGCUGGGAAACGCCCAAAGUAUCAAAAUACAGUAUGUUAAGAUCAUAGGUGAUGCAAUGUAUUUUGAUGUCAACAUGUAUUACAGACUAGGCUUUUUUUGUUAAUGUUCUUUUCAUUGGCUUGUUUUUGAAAAUUCUUCCCACUUUUUUUUACUGUCCUUUAAGUUCUGCUGGUGAAGUUCAGGCGGCAGAAGUUUGUUCAACACAUUUUAAAGGUCUCGCAUACUGUCUGUGUCUGCCCGCAUUGCCUGAACAACACGCAGAAGUUGAAACUCUGCUAUAUUUAUUAGGAAUCAUUUUUUUCUGCAAAAUGCUCAAACAAUAAAAGUGAGUGACCAAAACGUACUUAUCGGUAGAGUUGUCUCGAUGUUCAGAGCUCAGAUUCAGGUAAAAAUAGUAAACCUUGUGUUUGUUUGUUCCUAUACCAAGAAAUAGUUCUCCCAAAAAUGAAAGAUCGGUCGUCAUUUACUCGCCCUCAUGUUCUGUAUACACUUCUUUGUUCUGUUGAACACAAAAGAAGAUAUUUAGAAUAAUACCAUUCUGGGGCACCAGAACUGUUUGGUUACAAACUUUCUUUCAAAUAUCUUCUUUUGUGUUAAGUGGAAUAGUAAAAUGUAUUCAUGUUUGAAAUGAGAAGAGGGUGAGUAAAUGAGCACAGAAUUUUCAUUUUUAGGUGAACUAUCCCUUUAAACAACAAGAUUGUUCUGUUAUUGCAUAUAAUCUAAUUUAAGAUGAUGAGUAUAUAAGAGGGGUAAAAUAACAAAAGUUCUAUUUCCCUGACAAGCGAAAUUAGUGCUAAAUAUUACUGUUUGCCUUGACAACAAGUCCUACAUUUAUCGACGCAUCUUGAAAACUGUCUACUAUUAGUCAUGGUGAGCAUGACAGCCUGUGCAAGAGCCUUAAAGGGAUAGUUCACCCCAAAAUGAAGAUUGUGUCAUCUUUUACUCACCAUCGUGUCAUUUCCAACCUGUAUGACUUUCUUCCUUCUGCCUAACACAAAAGAAGAUAUUUUGAAGAAUGUUGGUAACCAAACAACAUUGGUCCCCAUUGACUUCCAUUCACACAACCACUGAGACAUUUCUCAUUAAUUUGUAUUUGAACCACAUGAGGGUGUAUAAAUGUCAGAAUUUUCAUUUAGGGGUGAACUAGCCUUAAAUUACGAUGCCAUGGCUGUGCUUUUCUGAGUCAGUGUUAUAUCAAUAAUGCUUUUUUCUAAUGACAGCUGCGAUCUACAGUCGUUUGCACCACAGGUGUGUCUUUACGAGUCUACUUGGUUUGACGUGUGAUGAAUCAGAUGUUUGCCUUCUCUGCUUAACUUGAUAGUCACUUUCCCAGAUGAGCUUUUAGGGUCAGUGAAUUGUCGUCAUACAUCAUGAAUGAACCAUUGUUAGAUCAAGUUCAAGGAAGAACUUAUUUCACGUGGAGAUCCACAGAGCUGUUUCCUUAUCGGAACCAUCAGCCAUAUAUCAACCUGAGGAAAAACAUAUCCUUAUCUGCCCAGUUUUACAUAUAAAUGUUUAUGGAGGACCAGGCGUUGGGGGGCACGUCUCCGUUUCAACUUGGACUGAAGAUCUUCUGGGCUGUCCUCCAGCGGAUCAUCACUACAACCAUGAUUACUUCUCCGGCUGUUUGAAGCCAGACUGGGGCGAGGGUGAGGAACGGGGAUUUUAGGAGGAGUGUAUGGAAAAAUCGCAAAGUUUAGUAUGGUAAAUAUUAUGGUUGCAGUGGAACUGUGAGAUGUGAAGCUCAAUGUGGGGGCAAAAAAAGGAGAUUUUGUUAUCUGGGACGGUGCUUCUCAACUGGGUUUGUUUCAGGACUCUUCAGAAGUCUUAUUUAAUGUAGUCUGGGUUGCACUUUUUUAUUUUGUGUAGUUCUGGAGAAUGAGGGCAUGCCACACGCCUGUCUAUGUCAGCAUCUGGUUAGUUUGGUUAACUUAUACCAAGUGACAGAGAGUUUGGUUAGACAUAUAGCCAACAAAACAUAGAGGUAGUGUUUACGCCCUCAUUGUCAAAUGUAUUUAUUUUGCUCUAACUAUUCACAUUUACUGUAUAUGGUAAGUUGCAUUCUGUCGUCUGCAUUUAUAAAUGUUCCUACCUGCCCCUAUCUAAACAGAACCGAGACCGUUUCUUCGAGUUACCAGUUGAGAGCCAUUGCUUUAGGAUGAGGAAUUCUUUCUUUUAUGUGUGGUCCAUAGUUUGUGCUUAAAAAUGUGCCUUCAUCUCAGUUGCUGGAACCAAAGGUUUGGUGUUCCUCCAGUAUCGCAUCCCUGAUAUGUGACCGAUGUGAAAUCAUGUCCUGUUCAUGCAAACCUCCUGUUGGGGAACCGAUCCGCGCUUCAACUUGACGAUUUCUUCACCUGCUGACUAAAGUGACCUUACCGGAUGGACCUUAGUCACGGUUGAGCCAUAGUAAGAGUUAGACCAGUCUGUUCUAUGGGAUGUACUGUAUUGUUACUGUGUCGAUUUGUCAGCCAAGAAAACAACUGAAAUUCAAAAUGAAUGUGACUUAUUAAACAAAUAAAAACAGGCCUUUGACCGCCUCAUAUUAAUAGUCAGUGAAAUACGCGUUUACGUCAACUACCCAGCACUGUUACCGGUUCAUGUCUUUGAGGUGCUAUUAGGUGGUUUGAAAGGUGUUAUGGGUCUAACCUGUAUGUUUACUUUGCAAGGUAUUAUUGUGGUCGACCAAAUCGCUUUGCUGUCUUUUCUGUUGGGAACAUUACUGAGUAGUUCGACUCGCAUACUAACACCUCAUUUUCAGCAGGAUUGUCAAACUGCACAUCAAAUGCAGCCUUUAAAGAUGUCAUGCUGGGUCCAUUGUGAAAAAGUGUGAAAAAUGCCACCCUAUUCUGUCCUGUGAUGUACAUUGUGUUAAGUCCCCAAAAAUAGUUACCUUAUAUCAAUUUAUUCCUGAAAAUGGAUUUUAGUCCUCUGUGAAUCACCUUAGUGGAUUUAUUAGGAUGGACUGAGUUGCAUCUCUGACCCUGGAGCAUGGGUAUAAUCUUAUGUUUGGACUGAGUUUUGUCAGAUCUGGGUCUGGAAGUGUUGUGACUCUGCUCAUGGAGUUAGGACUCUUCCUCAUAUGUAACGAGAGUUCAUUAGACUGUGUAAAGAAAUAAAACUACAUCAAUCAAUGUUUGACAUCUCUUUCAUGCCAUUCAGAACACGGUUUUAAAACGAUGUAAAGUUUUUAUUUGAUAGUACGAGCAGGAAAUGUCACAUUUGAACUACCUUAAUGAAUACAAUGACACAAAAAUAACUUGUCCAUACUGAAAGG